CAUGGCUCCUAACAAAAACAAAUCCAGUGGUCGAGCCUCUGGAGAAGAUUUAAAACAAGAAGAUGUCCUCCAAGCAGUUGUGAUUGCUGACAGUUUUAAUGUUCGAUUUGGUCCCUUGACGUUGAAAAAGCCAAGAGCAUUGUUACCACUAGUGAACGUACCUCUGAUAGAUUACACUCUUAAUUUUCUGGCUGCUGCAGGAAUACAGGAAGUGUUUGUGGUCUGUUGCCAUUUAGCUGAUCAGAUAAGAACACAUUUAAAAAAUUCCAAAUGGAGCGAAGUUGGUUCUUCUAUGACAGUGACCCCUAUAUUAUCAGAUGGUUGUAUGUCGGUCGGUGACUCUUUACGUGAAAUAGACUCCAAGUCGUUGAUACGUAGUGAUUUUAUAUUAAUAACAGGAGAUGUGGUAUCUAAUAUAGCAAUACAAAAUAUCAUGGAUAUACACAAAAAAAGACGAGAAAAAGACAAAUCCUCACUGAUGACGAUGGUUUAUAAGAAGGCACCUAUAGGACAUGCUACACGUUGUCACGAAGACGAUAUAGUAUUAGCUGUAGGAACCAAUACCAAACGGAUUUUACAUUAUCAAAAAACACGACAAGAAAAACGACUCAAUAUUCCUGCUGAUAUUCUACUAGACCAUUCUGAUGUACAGAUACAUUAUGAGUUGAUGGAUUGUCAGAUUUCUAUAUGUACUCCUCUCGUACCACAAUUAUACACCGAUAACUUUGACUAUCAAACUAGAGAAGAUUUUGUCAAGGGUAUACUAAUCAAUGAGGAGAUUCUAGGUAAUACGAUACAUCUACAUGUAAUACAAGAUGAAUAUGCUGCUCGAGUUUCUAAUUUACAGAUGUAUGAUGCUGUCAGUAAAGAUAUUAUGAAAAGAUGGACAUUUCCAGUUGUACCAGACCAGAAUUAUUUUUCUGAUAAAAAACAUGUUUCAUACGGUCGUCACAAUAUUUAUAAAUCUCAAGACGUCUCUCUAGGAAGAGGAUGUGUACUAGAAGAAAAUGUGUUUAUUGGGUGUAAUACGUCUAUAGGUAGUAAUACACAUAUAAUAGAUUCCGUCAUUGGGGAUAACUGUAUCAUAGGUGAUAAUGUGAAAAUAAAGGGAGGUUAUCUAUGGGAAAAUGUGAGAGUGGAAGAUGACUGUUGUAUUGAUACUGCUGUGGUGGCGUCUGGUGUUACUAUUUAUAGAAAGACUACCGUAGACGUCGGCAGUGUUCUUGCCUGGAAUGUACAAGUGGGUCCUGAUGUAGUCUUACCCCCCAAUGUUUUAUUAAUGUCUGAUAAAGAGAAAGAUGAAUUUGCUGAUUCUGAAGAUGAAGAUGGCACAGAUCAACCAACAGAGGGAACGCCCGAGUUUGGGAGUAAAAGUAAAGCGUUUAAUUAUAAAGCUUGUCGAGACAGUGAUGCUGAAGAUGAUGAUGAUGAUGUUGAUGAGGUCAUGUGGAGGUUAAAGAUCCACUCUGAUGAUGAAUCAUUUGAUGACGACGACAGCACGAUACUCUCCGAUGAGAGUGACAUGUUAGACGGUGAUUUUGGUGAUUUCGGUGAUCUAGAAGACAAGGACUCUGCUAUGUUCUAUUCUGAGUUAAUUGAUACCUUAAAACGAGCAAAAGAAGAAAAUAUAAAAUCUGAUAAUGUUAUACUAGAAAUCAACUCUUUAAAACAUGCGUACAAUAUCUCUAUUAACGAUGUCAAUAUGUCAGUGGUGAAGGCUGUACUUGAUUUACCUCUCGAAAAAACCAACACAGCUGAUCGUUCUAAUCUUCUUAAUGCUUUUAAAAAUAGUCUUUCUGAACAUCGUCCACUGAUGUUAAAUUAUAUCAAAAGUUCUGAAGCUCAAAUAGACUGUCUGAAGGCAGUAGAGGAAUUGUGUAUAAACAACGAAUUUGUACGAAAAAUUCUGGGUAAACUAAUUCUUCACAUGUAUAAUGAAGAUUAUAUAGAGGAAAAUAAUAUUUUUAAAUGGUACAGUCUGGAUUCACCCAAUCAAACUGAUCCAUUUUAUAAUCAAAUACAAACACAGGUUGAUCCGUUAAUAAAAUGGCUGAAAGAAGCAGAAGAAGAAUCGUCUGAAGAAGAUUGACCCAAUUUUUAUUUCUAGCAAAAUAUUCAAAAUAAAUUUAUCUCAUUUGUUGUUCUGAUCUACUUUUCCUUUCGAUCUCCACUUUUUCUGUUGAAUACAAAGCUUGUUUUUCUGUAAACUGUGUGGAAAUUGCAAAACAUAAGUGAAAAAUGGUGUCAUUUGUUUAAAAUUUCCCUCCUUGCACACAGUAUGGUAUUGCCCAUCAACUUAAUUAGAAGUCUUUCAAACCAAAACAAUGGAAUCAUUUUCAUUAUCUUUUAUUCAGAAAUGACUGACACAUACACAAAUUCUUAGGCAAGAAUAUGAUUAUAAUGCUGUUCUGUCAGAUUUUCCCUCUUUGCACACUGCAGGGUGUUGUCUCUACUCCAUUAACCCAAUCUGGUUAAGAUAUUUCUCUGGUGUUAUUUUAGAAGCUUCUGUUAUAUGUAAAAGAUACUGAUCAUCUCUUCAAACGUGUUUCACUGGAGCAGGUAAACCUGGAUCAGGAACUGGUAUACAUAUUCAAGAUGUUACAUCAUUUUUAAACCCACAAAUAAACACAUUAUAUUGCCAUACAUUUUGUUUUGUAAUUUUGUACACAUGAACACUUGCCAAGCUAUUAGUUUAUAGUGCGGAAACUGCUAGUUGAUUGGUACAGUAUGAGGCCAGAAUAGAAUAGAAUAGAAUAGAAUAGAAUAGAAUUUGAUUUGAUUUGAUUUGAUUUGAUUUGAUUUUUGAUUUGAUUUAUAAUUUAAUUUAAUUUAAAUCUUCAAUUCAAUUCAAUUCAAUUCAAUUCAAAAUAGUGAAUGAAAAGAGCAGAACAAUACGGGGUUUGACAUAGUCUUAUUACACGGAAGAAUGACGAAUGGUGGUUGUGGUUUGACAGAUAGAAGACCAUUACCAUAAACAAUAGGCUUCUUAGUGUUUUAAAAACUGUUUAACUUGGUGUGAUGAAGUUAGUAGGUCUACAUGAAUAUAUAUAAAUUAAAUAACAUUUUAAUAAAACAUACUCAGUGAGUUUU